AUGGGAAAGAAGGUGCAUCGUAACGACCAAGAAGCUAUGCCAAGAAUUCUAAAAGAACCAUUUUGGGAAAGGUGUUUACAAAAGAAAAUUUCAAAACUUAGAGCUGAACUAGGCAGACUGACUGCUUUUUUGAAUGGACGCAGAACGAAGAAGGUCCUGAAACAAAUUGGUGUGAUUUGUCCCAAUACGCAAUUUUCUCCACUAACAACUGGAGAAAUUAUUAGGAUCAAGGAUAAAAAAACUCAACAACUAGCAGUCACAGCCAAAAGACUUGCCAGGUACAAAAAAUGCCGAGAACGUAAACAACAGAACCGAAGUUUUACUAAUGAUGAAAGGAUGUUCUAUAGAAACGCAGUCCGACAAAACACAGAUGAAACAAUUGAUCAUUUGCCCAAUGCUGCGGAAGCAACAUCGUUCUGGAAAGACAUCUGGGAGAAGUCGGAAAACCAUGAGCAGUCACCAUCCUGGCUAGUGAGCGAACGGCUUCAAAAUGAGAACACACCCCAAAUGCCAUCCGGUGAAAUAAUUGAGGAAGAAGUAGCAGAAGCCAUUAGAUCGGUUUCCAAUUGGAAGGCCCCUGGACCUGAUAACAUCCAUAACAUAUGGAUUAAAAAGCUACCUCUACUGCACAAACAAUUCGCCUUAAACUUCACCACCUGGCUCAACGAACCACAAGCAAUGCCUGAGUUUCUUAUGCAAGGCAACACCUUCCUGCUCCCAAAAAACGGCCACACUCCAAACCCAACGGAAUACCGGCCAACUGAUACCGGGAGUUUCAACUGA